CCACCACCAUCCUGCAACCACCAACGCCAGUCUCUGCAAUACCAAGGCUUCCCAGACUGGAUCUUCAUGCAUGCGUCUUAACCUGACCCUGCCUGCAUCUCCCACCGGAUCACAAUCAUCUCGACACCACCAGGUGUGCCUACGACCGAGACUGCGGGAACAGCGCACCGCCACCACCCUCCAUCACGUAAAUCGACACACCUAGAGCUCAAGCUGACAGGAGCUAUCGCUGCUCCGUCUGCCUACCUCCCAUUACGACCCUUCGCCUCGGUACCCUCUUUCGCCUCAAGGACGAAGCCCGAAACCUCUUUGACUUAUAUAUCUUCCCGUCCCCAUCCACUGCCAGACUGUCUCAACACCAGUCGACAUCUCCCUGACAAACCCCGGUACCCCCACUUUCCUCAACCACGCGCAUCACCAGUGGCCCAAACAUUCCUCUCUCGGCAAAAGACUUGACUAGUCUGAACUCACGAGACGCACGACGUGGACCCUGACGACGCCCUGCGAAGUUUUCACUUGCCCUUCCCGCACGUCAUAAGUAAACAAAGCAACCCGUAACCACGACACGGGCUUUCAAUGGGCUCGUCAUUAGUCCAACGACAUCCAUCAUUCACCCUUCGCAUCAACGCCCAAGGCACGUCGCCAGUCACCUCAAACCCCUACGAGCCUAUCAUGGACGCAUCGGCUCCCAGCUUCGCCAUGCAGCGCUAUCUCGACCUCCACAACCAACACGAAGAACUCCGCCAAAACUUGGACAUCAUCCGAACAACAGCCAUGUUCUCGACGAGUACCACCUCGCUGACAUCGUCGCCGGCUGUAUCGCCCACCCGUAGCUCCUGUACGCCUUUCGGCCAGUAUCCUUCUAGCAGGCGUCACAGUCGUCGAUCUUCGCUUGCCGGUCCUCCCCGAACGCGCCGGAGCAGCACCUCGCUGCAGCCCCUGGCCGACGAAUCAAUCCUGUACCAAGUCGCCGAGGAGGAGCGCCGUCUCUUCGAUGUCAAUGAGGGCAUGAAGCGUGCCCUCACAGAGUUGCUCAACGGUCAUGAAGCCAAAGCCGACGGCGCCUUCCGAACCUGGGUUCAAUGCCGGUUGAUGGACACGGAGAAGGAGCUUCGCUCUGAGAGACGUAGGAAGAGCGCGCCAUAGCGCGGCACGCGUUGACUUUCGCGCUCACUACCGCCAUGGAGACGCAUCUUCAUUUUCAUACAGCGUGGGAUCCUCACCAGGAUAUUGGCAUUUCGGAGUUCAGGAUUCGUUGUGAGGACACCACUUCGGAAAGGAAACAAAAGGAAUAGAGCCAGGAUGGCUUGAAUGCAUGAUCCGGCGUGGUCGAUGUAUGAUACCCUGACGCAACAGCCGUCGAUUUUGUCUUCUCGUGUCCUUGAUUGCAAGGACCUUUAUCAUAGUACUAGCACAAAACUUCAAAUCACCUCUA